GUGGUGUUGCAGUACAGCCCCUCACCUCUGAUGUGUAUAAAACCGUGUCUCAGCAUACAUUCACUCACACUCUGAGGAGCCUCAGAUCACUGAUCAGUGUCAGCCAUGAACAAAUCUCCAAUCCUGCUCUUCUGUAUCCUGGCUGCUUGUUCAGUCUGGUCAGUCCAUGGGAAAAGCCAGGAGAUGAAUAUUGAUGAUGAGGAACCAGCGGAAGUGGAGCUCCCUGUGGAGGCCAAGCCUCCAGGUCUGUGCUGGGGUUGCAAAUGGGCAUUGAACAAGGUGAAGAAAGCGAUGACACAAAAAGAGACAUAUGAGAAAGUGAAAGCGAGGUUGAUUAAAAUCUGCAAUAAAAUAGGCUUUCUCAAAAGUCGUUGUCACAAAUUUGUAAUAACCCACCUGGAUGAACUGGUCGAGGAGCUCUCCACCACCGAUGACGUGAAGACCAUCUGUGUCAACGUUAAAGCCUGCAAUUCACCGGCUUGUUUUUAGCCCAAAGGAACCCUCUCAUCUCCUCUUCUAUCCAAACAACUGAAGAGGCAAAAGCAGGAGACACCAUGAGGCAGGGGUUCUCAAACCCUGGUCUGGGUGUUAGUCCCGAGCAGUGGUGGGACACAGUAAAGCAUCAAGCUUAUUAGGAAAAACAUUGAAACAUGUAACUUAUGAGAAAACCCUCAAGUGUGCACGAGUUAUAGAAAUGAAUUAAUAUGAAUAAAAAUUUCCUGCAUAACAAUA